AUGUCGGGAAGGGCCCGUCGUGCUGGACGGCCCGCCCGGUGUGGUGCGCUUGCCCAUCAUGGUGCCUGGCGGCGCCUGGCCGCCCGCGGCAGCGGUGCCACGCCCGCGCUCGGCGGGGGCGCCGCCACAGGCUGGGCGACGGAGCUGCGCGGGCGGAGCGCGCGCGCCGGGAUCGGCGAGCCGACUACGAGUAGUCUCUGUGCGUUCGAGGGGAGCGGACCGCCGGCUCUGGUUUUGGCACGUUCCUCGUCCUCCCCCGUUCUCCUCCUCCCCCUCUUCCUCUUGGACGCAGCACCCUCUGGACUCCUGCGGGCAGUGCCCGGCCGUGCCCGCCAUCAGUGGGGCCAGGAUCCUAGAGCGACGUGUUGA